AUGCUAAUUAAUAAUCUGAGUUUGCCUCAAAGGCUAGUGCUAUGUUGGUUCAAACCUUGGUUACUCCACACCUUGGCACUUCUAUUGUUAGCAACAUGGUCACUAAGAUUUUUAGUAAUUACCUCUAUAUCACCGACUCUUUUGCAAAAAAGGAACGAAGAAAAUAUAAGUCCAAUAGACUCAAACUAUACCAUUUCGUGGAAUCAUACUGUGAAUACUUCUGUAAUUCCCGAAUUGCGAGGAUUAGAUAAUAUUUGGAAUAACUUUAUCAAUGAAACUUUACAAAAUGCUGAUGAUUCAAUAACUUGGUUACUGCAUGAGUAUUGGUUCCCAGAUUUGGAAUCUCAGUUGGAUUCCUGGAAUGCAACAUUUUCAUUAAAAGUAGAUGAAAAAUCUCAAGAAUUACAAACUCUGAGUUCAAUUAAUAAUACAAUUGUUACAAAGUUAAUCACAAACUCUCAAAUUAUAAACGACACUUGGAACAAUAUUGCCGAAAAGGGAUUUCUUUUAGAGCCUUCUCAAAACUCAGAUUAUUACAAUCAAUUAACUGCAAAUUUUUCCUUGAAUUACUGGUUUCUCGAAGAUAUCUUCGGCAAUAUCACACAACAAACUGAAUAUUUAACAGACCUGCUCGAAGGAAUUGAAUUUUCCAUCGUUGUCCCAAAUAAUUUCUCAUUAAGCAUAAAUGAAAAUUCAACAAAAUCUAAAUUUUACGAUUUAUUACAGUCGUUUCAGUCUGAUCUGAAAAAUAUCACCGAGUCAUUCUCCAUGAUUCAUUCAAAUACAUCCACCAUUAUCGCAUCUCCACAAUUAGCAAAAAGGGAGAUCUUAGAUUCAAAUGUGCAAUUGACAGAAUCAACAAAUUUGCAUGAAAAAAUACAGACUUUCACAAUUUUGUUUGUAGUUUUAUAUUUUGUAAUUGUUAUAAUAUCGUCUAUUUGGGAAUGGUUGAGAUACAGAUGGGAAUCUCAGUUGAUUAAAACAAGAUUCCCGGAUAUUAUUCAAUAUGUUAAAAAGGAAGAGGUAACAUCUCUUCAGAGAUUAAGGAAACUAUUAUUGCAGCUGAAAUCUUCGGUUAACAAUAUUAUUACGUAUCAAUGUUCGAAUUUUUUAUUUCGAAGAUUCUAUAUUAAUCAGAAAAGGUGGGACAAAUUUUCCGCUUACUUAUACUGGAUUUUCACUAAUGGAGUUUACCUGUGGAUUAUAUUUUUAAAUGUUAUAAUUUACUGGGACCUGAUCGAAAAAAAUUCGAUGACUACAAUUAAAAAUUCGCAAAUAUUUGGGAACAACUUGUCAUCAAAAGAACAGCAAACGUUCACCAAACAAAUACCAGUAACAUCAUCGACAUUCCACAACGACAGUAUUUCAGUAAACCCCUUAGACCAUCUAGAUUUGAUUAAUAAAAUUUCUGAGUCAUGCAACGAGAUUGAAGUAAAAGUGAAUACACUACUAUCACAAAUUGUACAUGACAGACUUUACUCGCAAACAAAUGGAUAUCUAACAACUGUAAUAAAUUCUACCAAUAACCAAAUGAUAGAAUUGAUUGAUAAAAUCAAUAAUUAUGAUAUUAUAGAAGUUAAUGAGUGGACAUAUAACAACGCGACACUGCCAAUUUCGAACUUUCUUCUAAAUAGUACCAAUCUGCCAAUGGAAAUAAUUUCAAAAUCAAUAAAUCUGACAUUAACAGACACUUUAAAGCUUCAAUUAAAUUCAAUAACUUCUGGAAGUUUAAUUAUACCAAAUCAACAGCAACAGCAGCAACAGCAGCAACAGCAGCAGCAACAGCAACAGCAGCAGCAGCAGCAAUUACCACCUAUAGUACCAUACACAGUUUCAACUUCUUUAAAACUAGAUCACAUCAAUACUGCACGCAAAUGGAGUCUAAUUAUUUGUGGCAUAAUCAUCAUAGUGCACCAUAUAGUGGGAUACCUGAUCUUUGUAAGAGUCUAA